AUGAAUCAAGCAAAGAGAAUACUGAGUCAUCUUCGGCUCGGCAACUCGCUGUACCCAACUCAAUUCUCCAGAAAUCAUUCAUUCCACACUAAGGUGAUUCGCUGCUUCCCCCAUUUCUCUCCCUCUCUUUUCACACAAAGCCACACUUCCAUUACUACGAGUAUUAAUCUCAAUGCGCACAAUAUAAAGCUCUUCUAUUCAUCAAAACCUGAUUCGAGUUUAGAGCUUUUGCUGUCCACUGACUGGUCGAAAGAACUUGAAAAAGAGUUGACAAAAUCAAAUUUUACACUGACCCAUGAAACUGUUAUGUACGUUUUGAAGAAAUUGGAUAAAGACCCAGAAAAAGCUUCAAGAUUUUUCAAAUGGGUUAUUGAGAAAAAUGGGUUUGAACCCAGUUCUUCUAUGUAUAGCUUGAUGCUAAGAAUUUUUGCUAAUAAGGAUUUUUUGAGGGAAUUUUGGGUCACAAUUAAAGAAAUGAAAGAAAAAGGGUAUUUUAUUGAUGAGGAAACAUAUAAGACUAUUUCUGGGAUUUUUCGGAAUUUAAAGAUGGAGAAUGAGGUCACUGCUUUGAAACAUUUUUAUGAAAGAAUGAUCAAAGAGAAUGCUAUGGAUGAUUUGGCAAAAGAGGUUGUUGAAGUAGUUAAAAGUGCAGAAUGGGGAGAAGAAGUGGAGAGGAAAUUAGAGGAUAUGAAAAUUGCUGUUUCGGAUAAUUUUGUUUUGAGGGUUUUGAAAGAGUUUCGAGGAAUAGGAUUCCACUUGCACGCUUUUCGCUUUUUUAAGUGGAUUGGUGAAAGUUUGGGUUUCGAACACAAUGCUGUUACGUAUAAUGGGAUUUUGAGGGUUCUUUGUUGGGAUGAAUCGAUCCGGGAGUUCUGGAGUAUAGUUACAGAGAUGAAAAGUGCUGGUUUUGAGAUUGAUCUCGAUACAUAUAUAAAAGUUUUGAGGCAAUUUCAGAAGAAUAAGAUGUUGAGGGAGGCUGUGGAACUAUACGAGCAUAUGAUGGAUAGCCCAUUUAAGCCCUCAGUAAAAGAGUGUAGUAUGCUUCUGCGUAGUAUUUCAACAUGUCAUCCUCCAGAUCUUGAUUUGGUGUUUAGGGUUGUAAACAAAUAUGAGGCAGCAGGGCAUUCCCUCUCAAAGACUCUAUAUGAUGGGAUUCAUAGGUCGUUGACUAGCCUUGGAAGGUUUGAUGAAGCGGAGAAGAUUGUGGAAGCCAUGAAGAAUGCAGGAUAUGAACCCGAUAAUAUUACCUAUAGUCAAUUGGCAUUCGGAUUGUGCAAAGCAAGGAGGUUUGAAGAAGCAUGUGAGGUGCUCGAUGUGAUGGAAGAACAUGGAUGUAAACCAGAUAUCAAGACUUGGACAAUUCUAAUACAAGGGCAUUGUGUGGGCAAUGAGGUUGAUAAGGCAUUGCUCUGUUUUGCAAAGAUGAUGGAGAAGAACUUUGACGCUGACGCUGAUCUCUUGGAUGUGUUAAUAAAGGGUUUCCUUAGUCAGCAGAGAACAGCAGGUGCGCAUAAAUUACUCGUUGAAUUGGUGAAUAAGGCUCGAUUGAGACCUUGGCAAGCGACUUAUAAGAAUCUAAUUCAGAAGCUACUAGGAGAGAGAAAACUUGAAGAGGCUUUAGACCUUCUUCGUCUGAUGAAGAAACAUAAUUAUCCACCUUUUGCCGAACCUUUUGUUCAUUAUGUUUCGAAAUUUGGGACAGUGGAGAAUGCUUGGGAGUUCUUGAUGGCCUUGAGUGUGAAAGAGUAUCCUUCUGUUUCAGCUUAUAAGCAUGUUUUUGAAUCAUUCUUUGAUGAAGGCAGACAUUCUGAGGCUAAGGAUUUGCUCUAUAAGUGCCCACAUCAUGUUCGUAAACAUCCAGCAGUUUGCAGCCUUUUCGGCUCUGCAACAUAG